AUGCAAAGGGCAGCCUGCCCAUCUCUUGCAGCACUUUCAAAGAUAAUGCCUUUAGUAUAUGUUCAGUUCACGAGUUUCUUAGAGCAUGUGAAGUCGUGCUCAUACACUAGACUGUGUAGCACAAAGAACAUUCUUACCGUGAAUGGAAAAUUCCCAGGCCCAACUUUGAAAGCUCUGAGAGGAGAUAAAUUGAUCGUCAAGGUUUACAACGAGGCAGAAUACAACAUCACGUUACACUGGCAUGGAGUGAAACAACCUAGGAAUCCAUGGUCAGAUGGUGCUGAAUAUAUCAACCAGUGCCCUAUCAGGCCGGGGCAGAAAUAUACUUACAGAAUUCAACUGACUACAGAAGAAGGAACAGUAUGGUGGCAUGCACAUAGCGGGUGGGCACGAGCAACUGUACAUGGAAUGAUUAUUAUUUAUCCUCGGCAUGGAACUGUUUAUCCUUUCCCCAAGCCUGAUGAAGAGGUUCCUAUUAUUCUAGGAGAGUGGUGGAAGAAAAAUGUGAUGGACAUAGUAGGAAAUGCAAAUAAGACAGGAGGAGAACCAAUAUUAUCAGACGCUUAUACCAUUAAUGGGCAACCAGGUGAUUUAUAUCCAUGCUCCAAAGAAGGAACAUUUAGAAUGGAAGUAAUGCAUGGAAAAACAUAUCUGCUUAGGAUAGUCAGUGCAGUAAUGGAGGAAAAUCUCUUCUUUUCCAUUGCAAAACACAAACUCACAUUAGUAGGAACAGAUGGAUUUUAUACAAAACCAUUUGAAACAGAUUACAUUAUGAUCACUCCAGGACAAUCUAUGGAUGUUUUACUUAAAGCAAAUCAAUCUUCUAAUCUCUACUACAUGGCAGCUAGAUCAUAUUCAUCUGCAUUUGGGGCCGGAUUCGAUAAGUCUACCACAACAGGGAUUUUACAGUAUAAGCAAAAUGUUUUCAACCUUUUCUCCUCUGAUCCUUUUCUCCCACCCCUCCCUCCGUAUAAUGGGACACCAAAAUCGACAGAAUUUACGGAGAAACUAAGAAGCCUAGCCAGCAAAGAGCACUCGAUCGAAGUCCCUUUAGAAAUAGACACACAUUUGUUUUUCACAGUUGCAGUAAAUUUGCUGAAUUGCACGGGAAAACCAUGCAAUGGCCCUUUUGGUAAAAGGUUUUCAGCUAGUUUGAAUAACAUCAGUUUUGUCUUCCCUUCAAGUGAUAUUCUUCAAGCAUACUAUUAUCAAAUUCAGGGUGUAUUUGACAAGAACUUUCCAAGAAAACCUCCUCAUAAAUUUGAUUAUACAGGCAAUAAUUUGCCGGAAAAUCUUCUGACACCGGAUUUUGGAACCCGGGCUUUGGUUUUGGAAUACAAUGCUAGUGUGGAGCUGAUAUUGCAGGGGACUAAUGUGCUAGCAAGUGACAACCAUCCGAUGCAUUUACAUGGUUACAGUUUCUAUGUUGUUGGUUGGGGUUUUGGGAACUUUGAUCCCAGAAAAGAUCCCUCAAGAUAUAAUCUUAUAGACCCUCCUCAGCAAACAACAGUUGGUAUUCCUAAUAAUGGUUGGAUUGCCAUCAGAUUUAGGGCAGACAAUCCAGGGGUAUGGUUAUUGCAUUGCCACUUGGAGCGACAUGCAAGCUGGGGAAUGAAUACCGUCGUACUAGUAAAAAAUGGUGCAGCUCCUCAAACUAAGAUACUCCCGCCGCCACAGGAUUUGCUCAGAUGUUAA